AUUUUUCUGCUGGAUAAAAUACUGAAAAUUUUGAUACUGAAAAUACAAUAUUUGAGAAACAUCUGAAAUAGCAAAUACAACAUUUGGGUGUAUUAAAUAUUAUCUCAACCUAUCAAAGUGAUUUUGAAUGUUCUUUUAUUUACUGCAAGUUUCAGAAAAGGAACAGCUGAAAAAGAACAACUGACAUUAUGACACUCAACGUCCUAAAGAAUAUAUCAAUGAUGACAUCGCUAUUGUUCAUCCUCAACGGAAGUCUGACUCCAUCAUCUGAUGCCACACAGUCCACACAGUUUAUCAUAAGGGAGGGGACUCUGAGAUUACCAAGAAAGGACUCAAGAUUGCAACGGCUUUACCUGAACAACAAAAGAAUUUCAACCAUAGAAGCUGGUGAAUUUUCUGGUUUUCAAUCUUUAGAAACGUUAUACUUGAGUAACAAUGAACUAUCAGAGAUAGAAGUUGGUACAUUCGCUGGUUUGGUAUCUUUGGAAUGGUUAAACAUGGACAACAAUAGACUAUCAGAAAUAUCAUGUAGUGAUUUUUCUGAUUUCCAUGGUUUAUUGAAAGGGCUAUAUUUGAAUAACAAUAGGCUAACAAUACUGAGAGGGAAUUAUUUCUGUAACCUAACAUCCCUCAAAGAUCUUACGCUCAACAAUAAUGAAAUAUCAUAUAUAGAAACCAAUGCAUUUUCCGGUUUGCAGUCAUUGGAAAAGCUAUACUUGAGUAACAAUAAACUCACAAUAUUAACUAGUGGGAUAUUCUCUGACUUGAUAUCCCUAAAAUAUCUUCUACUUCAAAGAAAUGUACUUUCACAGAUAGAGCCUGGUGCAUUUUCUAGUUUGCAGUCACUGACACUGUUAAACUUAGAGCACAAUAAGCUUGCAAUAUUAGACAGAGGAUUGUUCUGCAGGCUGGAAAGACUGACAUUUUUACAAUUGGCAGGAAAUAAUUUAAAUCCUUCACAACCUACUAACCUUGAUGCAAUAAGGGAACUUUGCUUGACAAUUAUGCAAACAACCCAACCAUCAACUCGAACAACCCAACUAUCAACCCAAACAACUA